AUGAAGCUGGAUGAAUUGCUAUUCCAGAGGACGAAUAAGCACAACAUGUCAUUGCCGCCUUUCAGUGAAAAUAAGAACUUGGUAGUUGUAGCUGGCGCUAGGCCGCAGUAUUUUGAAGUUGUCCUUGCCAACGUACAAAAUCAUUUUAGCGAGAAAUGGGACUGUCUCGUAUACCUGUACGAGGAUGAUAUACCACAAGAGUUUUUGAAUCCGCUCGAAGAAGUCUGCUUUGUCCACUUACUACCGAACAGGGAAUGGGGUGACUAUUUGUACUUAAUAUCACCCCCAUUUUCUGAUAAAUACAACCAUAUCGCGAUCAUGUUGGACGAUGUGUACAUGCCCGCUACCGGCAAAAGGCGAGUCGAUAUCCCUGAAAUGCUGUAUCGUAUGGAAAGGCAUGAGAUAAGCGUCCUGGGGCCUGCCAUAGCGGGUGCCCAUCGACUAACAAACCAACCUAGUUCCGAAGAGUGUAUGUACGAAGUGAACGAUAUCGAAGUGUUCAUGUCGAUAUAUAGCAAGGCUGCUUGGAGAUGUGCCUGGAGUUUUAUGGAGUAUUGGAACCACAGUGGAUGGUGUUUGGACAUUUGCUACGCAUCACUGUGUCCAGCAUUCAAGCAAGCGAUCGAUCACACAAUGGUGGCUUAUCAUUUGCCCGGACAAAAACCUGAGAAGGAUACUACAGAGUACGAUACAUCAAGUAUAAAGCGCCUGGGAGGGCGUACAUUGCAUGACAUAGUGGGUCUGACCGACGCUACGCCCACGUAUAACGGGGAAAAGACACUGUGUGAACUAAAUAAGUGUAAAAUGGAAAAGCCACAGAUGGAAAAGUUAUACUGUGGUAAUAAUGUCGCAGCGGAUAAGCCAGUUAAGGUGCGGGCGAAAGACCGCGGUAUCACAGAUAUUACAUAAUCCGAUAGCACGCCUUUUAUCGUUCUUCAUUUCCAAUUCAAGCAUAUAAAAUACUUUACAAUCGUA